CCGAAAAUUUUCGAAGUUGAGGGGGAGAGAAAUUUCGUUUUUCUUCGGGUUUGGCCGUUCACCGUUGGCUUCAGUUUUACAGCAGGAGAUCCUUCUUCAAGCAUGCAAUUGCAAACCUUAAUUUCCUCUUUUGACCGUCUCAGUUCACUUUCUGUAAAUGGCUUCUCGUUUUCUCCUCUCACUCUGAAUUUGAAUUCGCGCGUCCAUGGCGGUCUCGGGGGUCGAAGCUGUUUUAGAUUUCUUGAUGAAGAAUGGGUUUCCCGAAGCCGCUUCCGCUCUCAGAGACGAUAUCGUAGAGAGGAAGGAGGAGGUGAGCUCUUUCGAUUUCGAGAAAUUCAUGUUCCCGAUGGAUCCGCCACCUCCUCCGCUGAGAAUUCUUUCGGCUAGCCGGCAAUCGGAGAUUUGCAAUGGAGUUAAUUGUUCUGAUUCGAGCUCUGACUCUUCGGAUGAUUUUGUAAGCAUGGGUUCUUCUACUACCGUAGUGUCUCCUUCUGGAUUGACAAAUCCAUAUGCAGCUCAAGAUAACUCCGACGAUUCAUCAGAUAGACUCUCUGAAUUUGGUACGGCUCGUGAUUACCCCGACCCUGAUAUGUUCAAUGGCAUGUACUGGUAUGAUGAGAAAGAUAGAGGCAAUCUCAAAUAUCCCUUUUUUGGAGUGUCGGACUUCUAUAAAUGCCCUAGUGAGGACAAAUUCGUUACAACUUCAGAGGCAGACAGGCAAUGUGAUAAAUCAUCAAACCUAUACUUUGCAACAGAAGGGUUUCAUCCAGUGACAACUGUUAAAUACUUAGACAAGCCAUGUCUUCUUAAUGAUUCCUCCAUGGAUGGACUUUCAAUGGCACAUUAUUAUCAAUGGGAUGAAAUUACUCGACCUGAACAAGGUGACAAAACAGGGCCUGACAAAUGCUCUGGAAAGUUCAAUUCAGGCCCUCUAUAUGACUGCUGUAUGGGAGUAAAAGGUUGCAAUGGUGGGGAACUGGAGGAUCAAAUCCACCUUAAAAGAUUGAAAGAACCUGAACCAAGUGGUUUGGAGUUAAAACUUGUUUAUGAAAAUCCAUUUCAUUCUGGUUCUUCCUCGGAGAAUAAAAGGAGUGGAAGUUCCAAUGGUUCUGUUAAAAAGAACCUUAUGGACAAUGUGGAUUCGGAUCUUCAGGAAGACUCUGAUAUGCAUCUUCAAGCUUCUGAUAAGAUUGUCCAACCAGAUGGAAUCAAUAACCAUGAAAUAGGAGAUGGUAGAGAAAUGGUUGGAGAACCAUGUGAAUCUGAAACUGCUAUUGAUGGAGAGGAGUGUGCUACUCCAAAUGAUCAUCUGAUGUAUGAAGUUCACGAGGAUGAAUAUGAAGUAUUUGAUCUAAGAAUUAUACAUAGGAAGAACAGGACUGGUUUUGAAGAAAAUAAAGAUUUUCCUAUCGUUCUGAAUGAAAUUAUAGCAGGAAGAUACUGUCUCACAGAAUACCUUGGUUCAGCCGCUUUCAGUAAAGUUGUUCAGGCUCAUGAUCUUCAUACUGGAAUGGAUGUUUGCCUGAAAAUAAUAAAAAAUGAUAAAGAUUUUUUUGAUCAGAGUUUAGAUGAGAUCAAGCUUCUAAAGUUUGUGAAUAGGCAUGAUCCUACAGAUGAACACCACAUUUUACGGCUUUAUGACUACUUCUAUCUCCAGGAACAUCUCUUCAUUGUUUGUGAACUCCUACGAGCAAAUUUAUAUGAAUUCCAGAAAUUUAAUCAAGAUUCUGGUGGUCAACCCUAUUUCACAAUGCGGAGGCUGCAGCUUAUUACUAGGCAAUGUUUGGAAGCACUAGAAUACCUACAUCACUUGGGAAUUAUCCACUGUGACCUGAAACCUGAGAAUAUUCUUAUCAAAAGUUACAGCAGAUGUGAGAUAAAGGUUAUUGAUCUGGGAAGUAGUUGUUUUCAGACAGAUAAUUUAUGCCUGUACGUACAAUCUCGUUCCUAUAGGGCACCUGAAGUCAUCUUAGGCCUUCCAUAUGACCAAAAGAUUGACAUCUGGUCCCUUGGUUGUGUAUUGGCGGAACUAUGCUCUGGUGAUGUACUUUUUCCAAAUGAUGCAUUGGUGAUGUUGCUUGCACGCAUGAUUGGGAUGCUUGGCCCUAUUGAUUUUGAGAUGCUAGCGAGGGGCCAGGAGACACAAAAGUACUUCACAGAGGAAUAUGAUUUAUAUUAUAUUAAUGAGGAAACAAACCAACUGGAGUAUAUAAUGGCAGAGGAGUUAUCAUUGGAACAUUGCUUACGGGUUUCUGAUGUGGGAUUUGUUGAGUUUAUCAGAUACUUGCUUGAGAUCAAUCCAGAAAGGCGGCCAAGUGCAAAGGAUGCACUGCAGCAUCCAUGGCUUUCCUACUCAUAUGACUGACACUGUGGUGAAGAUCUGGUUGAGCAAGUGGUCUCUGGCUUUGGGACUGCCUUCUAUGAUUCAAGUUUGAGUAUAGAUUCUCUGACUGUAAGCAAAAAGUUCCUAAAAUCUGUUCCCAUUAUUGGUAAUUUAAUGUAUAUGUGAAUGUACAGUUGCUACAUUUGAGGCAUAAUAAUAACUAAUUUACAUUUUUUUGUA